AUGGUCACUUUUAACUUGGGGGGGAGUUUCGGAGAAAAGCCAAAACUGCUUUCGCUGCAGCAGCUGGAGAGGACCAUUGGUCAGCUGCUGUGGGGCGACGCUGCUGCUGACACGCCGCAGCAGCAGCAGCAGCAGCAGCAGCAGCAGGAAGAGGAGGCAGCAGCAGCAGCAGCAGAAGAGCCUUCCAUCUUUCGCUGCAAGGGACUCUUCCCAGCCUGGAGAGACACGCCAGACGAUGACGAGACAGAUACAA